AGCUAGAGAGAAGGCAUCAGAACUCAGCAACCACGGAGCACUCUUUAUUAUGUCCACUCUCCUCUGGUCACUGAAAAACCAACAUGCACAGUUGCGUGAUCGUGCGGCCUCUCUCUACCCAGCUUUGCCCGUUUGUCGUCCACUUCGUACCGGUAAACAUGGCGGAUCGGUUCACCGAUGAUCAGAUCUCUGAGUUCCGGCGGGCUUUCGGCCUCUUCGACGAGGACGGCGAUGGUUACAUCACUGCCAAGGACCUAGGGACUGUAAUGAAGGCGUUUGGACAGGUCCCUACCGAGGCGGAGCUCCAGGAUAUUUUAAACCAGUUCAACUCCGAUCGGGACGGCGCCGUCGAUUUCCAGGACUUCCUCAAGUUCGUGGCUCGAAGGAUGGAGGAGCUCAAGGAAGCUUUCCGGGGCUCUGACCUGAACCGGGAUGGUUUCAUAUCCGUGGAUGAGCUCCGCCGGGUCCUGACGACUCUCUGGGGGAAACUGACCGACGAGGAAGCCGAUGAACUAAUCCGCGCGGCCGACAUGGACGGUGACGGCAAGAUCAACCACGAGGAAUUCCUCGGAUUCAUGAUGACCGACUGGCCGAGCGGCGACAACCCAUCUCUCGUCGCACAUGAGUGAGUUAAAACGGAGCAGUCCUCACUUCAUCAGCCGGUGUUACUACUGCCUUCUGCGUGGGCGCAGUUCUAUUCCUUGUUUCCAGUCUUCCUCUGCAUGUAUCAUUCACAUUUGCUUAGAUUUGAGUACAGUAGUACUGUUACUUCCGGGGUGGGUUACUACUUUAUUUCUACCCCCUUGUAAAUUUACAAUGUUUUUUCGUAAUUUAUUGUUACAUGUGGGCGUGGUAA